AUGAGCGACACCGCGACGCAGCGGAGUGGGCUCACAACUCCGACUCCAUGGGAUCAGACCGGCAGUCGCGGCCGGCCCAUGAGCCACGAGGAGAGUAUCCGGUCUGUUGGCCGUGAUUACCGGCGUGACAGCCGUGCUGAAACUGCCAGUCGGGUCGAUCGUUUUACAAUGGCGUCUCGACAGCACAUCCGGAAUGAUAGCAGUGCUACUGGUGCCGCCUCGUCCCCUGACUACAAUGACGGCCAGCACCCCGGGACAGGCAGGAAGCAUGACUACGACGUGCAGGCAAUGGAAUCCGAUGUACCGCGAUCCGGUGCCAUCAAAAAUCCCAUUCCUGCUCCCAUUGUGACCGUGCGCAGCGAGUUCCCGACCCUGAACCGCUCGCGUCAGCAGCAACCCCUGACGUGCCUGGUCACGGUGGAGGUCCCCGACGGGCAAUGGCGUCCAGACAUGGAGGAUCUGCGUUUCGCGCAGCCCAGCGAUCCGCUCCCUUCGGAGGAUGUCUACAGUCCCGUCCGGUCGCCGACCGUGUCGUCGUCGGCAUCCCGGCCGGUCCCUUAUGAACCCCAGGAGAAUCUCGACGAAAUCGCCGAGGAAUUGCGAUGUCGCGUGGACAACUGGCAUGGCCUCGAAUUCCAACGGUUCGGCAAGCUUCGUCUCCAUGGUGUCCUGCGGGUGGGCAAGGACCGGGAGUCGUGGCAGGAAUUGGAGUGCUACCUCUUUGGUGAAAUGCUCAUCUGUGUGAAGGAGAAGAAGAACGCGGAACCCAUCCAGUUUGAGGAUGGCCGUCAGAGGCGAAAGAACACGAGAUGCACGUUGAAGGGGUCAAUCCUCAUCAAGAAGCAUCUUCGGGAGGUCGAGGCUGCCUCAGAUGAACCCAUUCUGACUCUCAACCUCUCCGUCUCGGAAUUGCCUUGCUUCCACCUCCGCUUCCAAAACCGUAACCAGUUGGAAAUCUGGCGACGAGCUCUCCUGGAUCUUCACAAUCCGGAUCCUCCCAUGCGAAAUCCGGACUAUGAUGUGGACAACUCGGGCGCUGAAGAAGAUGACUACCGCACUCUGAAGACCAACAAGCGGCAGUCAUCGGCUACUUCUUCCUAUGGCGCUGCCAAGUCCAACAACACGGCCUUGACGGACUACAGCAACUCCGCGAGAGAUCCGGCCCCCGUCAGCUUCCAUGUCCCGCUCGACCUGGUCGUCGUGAUUCCCGUGUCCUCGUCCAUGCAAGGCUUGAAGAUCACCCUUCUCCGUGACACGCUGAAAUUCCUCGUCCAGAACCUGGGUCCGCGCGAUCGGAUGGGCUUGGUGACCUUUGGCUCCAGCGGUGGUGGUGUGCCUUUGGUCGGAAUGACCACGAAGACCUGGAGUGGCUGGGGAAAGGUCUUGAACUCUCUGCGUCCUGUCGGCCAGAAGAGCCUGCGUGCGGACGUGGUCGACGGAGCCAACGUUGCCAUGGACCUGCUGAUGCAGAGGAAGUCGACCAAUCCCAUCUCCACCAUCAUCCUGAUCAGUGACUCUUCCACGUCCGAUCCAGAAAGCGUGGAUUUUGUCGUGUCAAGAGCAGAAGCUGCUAAGGUCGGCAUCCAUUCCUUUGGCCUGGGCCUCACCCACAAGCCGGACACUCUGAUCGAGCUCUCGACCCGAACCAAGGCAUGUUACACGUAUGUGAAGGAUUGGAUGAUGCUCCGGGAGUGUGUCGCUGGAUGCCUGGGCGCGCUGCAGACCACGUCUCACCAGAACGUCAAACUCAAACUGCGCUUGCCUGAGGGCUCUCCUGCGAAGUUUGUUAAGAUCAGUGGCGCGCUUCACACCACCAAGCGUGCUACCGGAAAGGAUGCGGAAGCCGCUCUGGGUGACUUGAGAUUUGGCGAUAAGAGAGAUAUCUUGGUCCAGCUUGUCAUCCAGCCAGACAAUUCGUCGCAAGAGCACGUACCACAAGACCCGUGGGAGAGCAUCGUGUCGGGAUUGGAAGCUCUCGGAGGUGGGCCAGAUGGCGAUGAGCAACGGGUCGUCAGUGUAGAAGAAGUGCCAUUGAUCCAGGCGGAUCUUACCUACGGGGACAUUCUCCGUGAUGGCCACUUGACCCAUUCUCCCCGGCCGUCUUUGCUGGCAAUCACCAUGUUGCCGCCCAACCCCAAGAACAACAACAAGCCAGGCAGACCGCUUACGCCGCCAAUUCCGCCUCAUCCAUCCAUUGUGCAGCGCCGCAUGGAGCUGCUCACAUCCGAUAUGCUGACUCGGGCUCUUACCCUCGUCUCACGUGGACAGAACGACCGUGCUCAGCACCUCCUGACCGAAACUCGCAGUAUCCUCAAGGGUCUCGGCAAGGGUGGACUGCCUCCUCUUCCCCCCGGUGCCAAGGGCCCAGGGGCCAGCGAUUCGGGCAGUGCCGGCGAUACUCCGGGCUCGUCAUCUCCACGGUCAUCGAACUUCCAAGACGGCAACUCGUCUGCGGCGUCUGACACGGUUACCAUCACCCCCGUCGCUGCAGUCGAUCAACAUAUCAUGGCUGCUCUGGAUGCCGACCUGGAGGCGGCUCUGGAAUGGAUCAAUCACCCGGCGGUCUUUGGACGGGAUUCGCGGAAAGCGGUCCUCCAGGCCAUUGGUGUGAUCUCUUCGCAACGGGCCUUCACGUUUAGGACACCGUCCGAAUCUCUCUGGGCGGAGAGAGUCUCUGGAGUGAAGCGAUUGACGGAGCGAUCGAAGGAGUGGCGCGAAAUGGGUGAUGAUGCAUUGACUGAAGAAUGA